AUGUCAGCCUUGAUCCGUUUACAGGCUGGAUUAAUUGGCUCAAAAUCUGGUGGACAAACAAGAAUCCUCGUCUCAUUGCUCGAUAUUAUAUUGACGCUUGUAGAGAUCUUGGAGGUUUGCAAUGUUCCACUUUUAUCAGUUCACAUUAGUCUGAUUGCCACCAUCUACAACCUAGCUGUUCCUUUGAUCACCCAAAGUGACCCUGGAUCAGAGAAUUUCUCUGUUGCCAAUGCACAAACAAUGAUGUGCCACCGCCUUGAUCCCAAUCUGAAUGGCACACUGCAGCACCGAUGGAUGGAGAAGCACCAAAACAUCAAGCCUGAGAUCUUGUGGUCCGUCUUGUGCAAAGACCUUGCACCUGGCUUUGAAAACAUAUUAGAAGAGGGUGUUGUGAAGGGUUUGUAUGAUAUUCACAACACAUUGCAAAAGUACAUUACCUGGUGCUUCCUUCAUCCUCAGAUGCUCAUCAAUAACUUACCAUUCAGCUAUAUCUUCCGUUGGCUUGCAAUUCCAUGGCUCCAAGCUGAACUAGACGCAUGGGUUCAUUUCAGGAACUACAAUCCUCCCCGCAGGGACAAACACAAAAUUCUUCCCCAUGGCAUACCAGCUAUCAUUUGUGCAAAGCCCCAUAAAUUUGACUCGCUUGAUUUCAAGGUUCCCAUACCUGGAGACCUCAUUGAUGAGGUAGAAGGGAUUUAUACCCCUCCUGAUCAUCCUGUCUUUGAGCUCGUACCACCGAUAUUCGGGAGGCAUGCCCAAGAUCUCUAUGGUUCACUUGGCAAGCCUCGUGUCUCAUCUGAAUCGUUCUGGGAUGUAUACCAGCUUAUGCGACAACAGUUUGAGGCUCUUGAAGGUGAUCGUGAUUUGACAGUGGAGCUCUCACAGUCAGCGGUCCACCUUGAGGAUGGUCAGGUUUUGCUAAUUCCAGACCUGCAAGAUCUACCUCAUAACACUGGCUUGUUGGGACCUGCAGGAUACCUCUACAUGGGAGGCAUGUUCGAUCCACCAACUCGAGCUCUUCAUGGAGUUUGUGACUGGGAACCACAGGGGUGUGGUUAUGAGCAGAGUAGGGAUGAGAGGUAA